CUAUUUGAACUUAAGUCAAUCGACCUCACUUCUUGCAUCUUUUCAUCUUGUCCAGAUAUUCUCCCCUUUAUAGAAUCUUAGACAAACUGUGAAAAGUAUGGAAUUAACUUUAGACAUUAGUUACAAGCAGUUAAUAAUAGCAAAGCAAAAAGUGCCCAACAUUUGACUUUUUUAAAAGAAAAAAUACGAGCAUUAUGCUAUGGUCAUUAAAUUCUUCCUUAUUCUUCCCCAGAACUCUGUGAAACAGGUCAUGUGUCUUCUAGGAAAUAGCACAACCAUUCUGUUAAGCAGUGAAGUGUGAAGAAGGAGCUCCCGUUUAACUGCUUGCCAGUUUUUGAGGUUUACAGCCUUUAAAUAUUCUGGCCUACAUCUUAAAGUUUUGUUGCAGAAUCUGCUGAGCUCCUUUCUGGUGAUCCUGCUUUCUUUAAGAAUAUUUUUAUUUUUCAGGUUUUUUUCUCCUCCAUUCUCUUCAUCAUUCAGUUUUAAUUUUUAGGCAUUCUAAAUUCUAUGGCAUUACACAAAUACAGUCAGAACACAUUUGAAAGUGGACUGUAAUGCUCAAGUAUUAAUUGCACCACUUUUGCUUCAUCUUUCUUCUUUUGCUUUAUAGGAAACGGAAAAAAAAGAAAAAAAAAGCUGUUCCAGUCCCUCCAGUUCAUUGCCAUGAAAAGGAGGAUAUGAUAGUUUGCCCUAUGAAACAGUUUUCUAUGUGAAAUCUGGCAGGUAGCACAACGACCUGUGGAAUAUGAGUGAUGACAAACCCUUUUUAUGCACUGCCCCUGGAUGUGGCCAGCGUUUUACCAAUGAGGAUCAUUUGGCUGUCCAUAAACAUAAACAUGAGAUGACACUGAAAUUUGGUCCGGCUCGUAAUGAUAGUGUCAUUGUGGCUGAUCAGACACCAACACCAACUCGAUUCUUGAAGAACUGUGAAGAAGUGGGCUUAUUCAAUGAACUAGCAAGUCCAUUUGAAAAUGAGUUUAAAAAGGCUUCUGAAGAUGACAUUAAGAAAAUGCCUCUAGAUCUGUCACCUCUUGCCACGCCAAUUAUAAGAAAUAAAAUUGAAGAACCUUCCAUUGUAGAGACAACUCAUCAAGAUAGUCCUUUACCUCAUCCUGAGUCUACUACCAAUGAUGAAAAGGAAGCGUCACUGCAGCAGACUGCACAGCCUACAUCAACAAUAGUUCGUCCAGCGUCGCUGCAGGUUCCUAAUGUACUACUUACGAGUUCUGACUCAAGUGUUAUUAUUCAGCAGGCAAUACCAUCACCAACGUCUAGUACUGUUAUUACGCAGGCUCCAUCCUCUAACAGACCAGUAGUUCCAGUUCCAGGUCCUUUUCCUCUGCUGUUACAUCUUCCUAAUGGACAAACCAUGCCUGUUGCUAUUCCUGCAUCUAUCACAAAUUCUAAUGUGCAUGUCCCUGCUGCAGUUCCACUUGUUAGACCUGUCACCAUGGUGCCUAGUAUCCCAGGAAUCCCAGGGCCCUCCUCCCCACAGCCAGUGCAGUCUGAGGCUAAAUUGAGAUUGAAAGCAGCCUUGACCCAGCAGCACCCUCAGGUAACAAAUGGAGAUACUGCCAAGGGACAUCCAAGUGGACUGGUUAGGACUCAGUCAGAGGAACCACGACCACAAUCACUACAGCAGCCUGCAACUUCAACAACUGAAACACCGGCAUCACCAGCUCAGCCUACUCCACAAACACCAAAUACAGGUGGUCGGCGAAGAAGAGCCGCCAAUGAAGACCCUGAUGAGAAAAGAAGGAAGUUUCUGGAACGAAACCGGGCUGCUGCUUCCCGAUGCCGACAGAAACGGAAAGUCUGGGUGCAGUCUUUGGAGAAAAAAGCAGAGGACCUGAGCUCACUAAAUGGCCAGUUACAGAAUGAAGUCACCCUGCUGAGAAACGAAGUGGCACAGCUGAAACAGCUUCUUCUGGCUCAUAAAGAUUGCCCUGUAACCGCCAUGCAGAAGAAAUCUGGCUAUCAUACUGCAGAUAAAGACGACAGUUCGGAAGACAUAUCAGUGCCAAGCAGUCCCCACACGGAAGCUAUUCAGCACAGUUCAGUCAGCACUUCCAAUGGUGUAAGCUCAACUUCCAAGGCAGAAGCAGUGGCCACCUCCGUUCUCACCCAGAUGGCGGACCAGAGCACGGAGCCGGUGCUUUCCCAGAUCGUCAUGGCACCUCCCUCCCAGUCGCAGCCUUCAGGAAGUUGAUUAAAAACUUGCAUUGCAUCAGUUUUAGAUAUACAUUUGUGACUUUAAAGGGAAAUCAACAAAAGACCAGUCUCCAUCUAGGAGAAAUUGUAGCUUAAAAUUAUUCAUUUUUAAAACUCCAACUUAAAUUUGGCUUUAACAAUUGGCAGGUGAAGAUGAGACAGAACACCAGUUCUGGUCUCUUUGCAAAAGACUUUUUUUUUUUUAGUAUUAGUUUUACUAGUUAUUUUUUGUGCUUAAUGUGUAAAGUGUGUGUACAGUACAAUGUGGUUUAUUUCAUUUUUUAUUUGAUAUUAUUUCAACAAACAUUGGGGUGAAUUUACUAAAGGUCAUCCCCAUGACUGUGAUAGUAAUAUUAUGUGACAUUUUUAUACCAAAGUUCUGCAUAGUCCCUAUUGACUUUGUAAUGUUAGCAAGGUCAUAAAGCACUAGGCAAGAGAAAGACAGUAACAGUAAAUUUGCUUUUAGUCUUUUUGCCUUUUUGUUGUUUUGCACAUUGAGAGGAAGAACAUUGGGGGAAAACCGUUUGGGCUGUUUUAUGUGUAGCUUUUUGGUUGGCUUUUUAACUGUUGAGGGUUUUAAUUUGUUUCAUAGGGCCAGUACAGUAUAUGAGAUACAGUACUCUUAUGCACAUACCUAUCCUAGGUGAGGAUCAUUACUAAAUAAAUUGGAUUUUUUUUUUUUCAUUAUUGAUGUCAGGUGUUUGGUUUUGGGUUUUUUUCCCCUCCAACACUUUUAUUCUGGGGGGAGGAGAGCUUUAUUUCUCCAGUCAGAAUAGAUAUCUAUAAUUACCCUUUGUUGCUAGGCUGAAACCAGUAAGCAUAUUGUAAAAUACAGGGUUAUCCAAUGUGGAAUACUUGGUAUUCCAGAGUAGGUUGAUAUUUUGUGGAUUUUUGAGUCGCAGAUUAAGGAGUUUACUCAUGGGUUUGGAUGCCAGAAAAGCCUAAAAUCCUUCUUCAGACAACUCAAGACUUUUUUUGUCAUUGUCUUGUAUUUGCAAGCUAACUUGUACUUAAUUCUUGUGUAAGCACUGUCAUCUUUUAGUAGCAAAAAUUUUGAUACCUUUCUUGUGGAAAAAAAACCUGAAAAACAACAAAAAAAAAAAAAUCAGUAUCUACCGUAUCUUGGAAACAAUGUAAUUAUAAUGUGGUGUGUGUGGUGUGUGCGUGAGAAUGGUUCAGUAGUUAAUGCCAGCAGUCUUUUGCUUGAAUGUUUAAAGAUGCCUUCAAUGUGAUGCUGGCUGAUAGGUGAUUGCAGUUUUAAAAUGUUAUUUACUGUGCGAACUUGGAUAACUAACAUUCCAUGAUGUAGUUUGUUUCUGAUGAGAUGAUUGUAGGUACACUUUUUCUCAUUAUCCAAUCAUCUGUAGGAUACUGAGUUUUUUAAAUGUGCCAUUAUCUAUUUUGAUUCUGUAAUCAUGUUCAAAAUACAGUACAAUAUUUUACAAUAGAUUAAGUUGUUUAAAAAAAGUAGAUGUGUGCUUUCAGGUCGGAAAACUUUGUAUAAUAGCAAAAGCAGAUGCAUAGUAGCAACUGGCAGUAAAGCAGGAUUCCAUUAUGUAUAUAACAAAGAUUUAAUGCAUUUAUAAUGGGUUGUGUAAUUCAUUUGCUCUUCCUUCUCCACAGUAUACUAUGUGUUUUUAAGUGUCAGUGCCAUCAAGUUUCUAUCUGAUUCAGUUUGAAAUCUAAAAAUGUAAUUGAUCCACAGGAAAAUCAUGAUUUCUGCAAUAUAUAUACAACCAUGCUAUAAUGAAAACUGGACAAAGACGUAUCUAAGUCAUAUAUGUAUCAUUGCAGGGCUUUAAGCAUGAAAAUAAUAGGGAUUCUAAAUAUUUUGUAUUUUAAAACUAAGAAAGUUGAGUUGAUAACCUCGUGUUUAAAAGUCUUACUUUCCCAAUUGCAAGAUAAAAAGCUGUAACAGUUACUGAGUGUUUCCAGGAUGGUGAAGUACAGUGGACCUCUUGUGAGAAGGAAAUCAGUUACAAAGGCACAAAAUGUGAAUUCUGCAAGAAAGCUAUACAGUCACUUUUCAUUGUAGUUUUGGUGGACUAGGUAAGGCCUCAUUGAUUAUAUUAUAAUUUGCUCUCCUAAACACAAAGGCUUUUAAAUCAUAUUUAUAUAAGUGGAGGUUUUUUUAUAACAAAACUGUCACGCUUGUAAAAUAAGUCUACAUACGUGUAUAGGAGACGUGUAAACAGUUAAUGACUUUAACAGUGGGGCUGGAAAAAGAACCAUUAAAAUCUGUGUUCAGCAAAUAGACACAAGUUAUUAGUCGUACUACCAUGGAUUCCGUUUCGAGACGUAUGUCACACUACUUCUGUACUUAGCAUUUUGGGUCUUUACAUUUGACAUGUUCCACAAACUGUACUGUUUUCUUUUAUGUGCAGUUUGCAUGAGUAAACCAUCAAAGAGAAUAAAAUCUAUCUUUAAGUUA